UAUCCCUACAUUUCGAAAAUCUACAUCCAACCUAGCAACCAGUCAUAUUUAUCGUGAGUCGGCAUCGGCUACUCCGGCUCAGAAGGCAAUGAUGAUUCGUGCGCGGGAGACGGAACAUCCGCUUUCUGGAGACGGCAGCAGCCGCCACAGUUUUAUUCGAGCCUCCUCUGCUUUAUCAAAGUUGAAGUUUUUCAGACGCAAGAGCGAAACCGAAAAGAUCAGUCAGAGAGGGACACCACUCACAAAAAGGAACAUAGAGGAGUUCUUCAACGGAGACGAAGAUCAGAAUGCCUACGACAACCUUCGAAACACCAGAGAAGUACGAGUAUCAGAAUGGCUUCGACUCCUACCAUGAGACGGAAGCUGUAAAAGGAGCUCUCCCUAUUGCAGCCAAUUCACCUCAGAAGCCUCCAUAUGGGUUGUACGCUGAGAAGCUCUCCGGUACCUCAUUUACAGCCCCAAGGCACGAAAACAAGCAGUCAUGGCUCUACCGCAUUCUUCCUGCUGCGGCACAUGAGCCAUUUGAGCCAAGGGAGUCUUCAAGCUUUACCACCAAUUCCGAGAAUAAACCGCACGAUAAAUUCCAGCAAAUCCCAAAUCAGCUUCGAUGGGACCCUUUUGACCUUGAUGAGAAGGUUGACUGGGUGAAUUCAUUGCAUCUUGUUGCGGGUGCCGGUGAUCCAACCAUAAAGUCUGGAAUCGGCGUCUUUAUAUUUGCUGCAGGCCGAUCCAUGGACGAGCAUGAAGCUUUUUACUCUGCCGAUGGAGAUUUCUUAAUAGUGCUCCAGCACGGCGUCCUGGACAUUGUAACGGAGUUCGGGAAUCUCUUGGUGCGACCCAACGAGAUUACAGUCAUACCUCGGGGCAUCCGAUAUCGCAUUAGCCUUCCAGCUGGUCCCGUACGAGGUUACGUUCUGGAGCUUUACCAAGGUCAUUUUCGACUACCAGAGCUUGGCCCUAUCGGAUCAAAUUGCCUUGCCAAUGCACGCGAUUUUCAGGUUCCCGUUGCCGCUUUCGAAGAAGACACGAGUACAACCUGGCAUAUUCUAGCCAAAUUUAAUGGACGACUUUUUUCUGCAAAACAAGACCAUAGCCCAUUUGAUGUUGUUGCGUGGCAUGGACUCUACUAUCCGUAUAAGUACGACUUGGGCCGUUUUAACACCAUUGGUAGUAUCUCGUACGACCACCCGGAUCCUAGCAUUUUCACCGUUCUCACGGCGCCGUCUGAUCAUGGGGGAACGGCGGUGGCGGAUUUUGUCAUAUUCCCGCCUCGUUGGCUUGUUCAGGAGGAUACAUUUCGACCGCCAUGGUAUCAUCGUAAUACCAUGUCCGAGUUUAUGGGCCUCAUUCAUGGGCAAUACGAUGCAAAGAUGGCCGGCGGGUUUCAGCCUGCUGGAGCUUCGCUGCAUAACGUCAUGUCUGCGCAUGGACCAGAUGCUGCUACAUUUGAAAAGGCAUCAACCGUUGAACUAACACCAGCAAGAGUGGGCGAAGGAAGCAUGGCAUUCAUGUUUGAGAGUUGUCUAAUGGUGGGCGUAACAGACUGGGGCCUCCAAAAAUGCAGCAAGGUGCAAGAGGAUUACAAUGCUGAAAGCUGGAUUCCCUUACGCCCUCGAUUCAAGCGCCCUGGAAAUUAAAUUUUGACGAAUUUUAUCCUAUAGACAAUUCACAUGUAUGGGAUACUACUUUGUUUUUUCUAUUUUCUAUUCUCUAUUUUUUUUUUCUUUCCUUUUUUUUUUUCACCCCUCCGGCAUAGCGGAUGAGACUUAUAUUUUACUAUGCUCGUGUCUACACGCGGGGCUAGGAUUCGUUCGAGUGCCUUUCUUUCGUUUCUGCGUCAGAUAUCCGCAUUAUCGUAAACUGCAUUAUAGUACCAAUAACAUUAAUAUUAAUUCGCCUUCUGUGGGCCAAUAAGUGGUGUCCUUCGUAU